AAAAAGGACAAAGUCAUUACCAAGCGGAGUUCGUCCCGGUGUAACGGCAAAGGCCACCACCACGAGUUCUAGUAAUUUUGCCUCGUCGGCCAGACUAGAGCGCGAAACAUCAUUCCCCAUACAGGCUUUACUCAACGUGGCUGAGCUUGACAACCAGCAUACAGAUGAUACCAAUUCAGAUAUCAAGCCUCCUACAGAAAAUGAAGACGUGCCUGAAGCUCAGGACGAGGAAAAUGUUUCAGCCACCAAAGAUGAGAACGAACCAAAUGACGAGAAGGCAGCGGCGGUAGUAAUUCCAAUGAAGGAGGAAAAGACCCCAGAAGCUCCGCGUCCCCCAAUUGACUUUGAAUCCAUCUUGCCACAAACGAAGUGGUGCAAGACUUGUCAGUGCUGGAAGCCCGAUCGCACCCACCACUGCAGUAUUUGUGACGAAUGUGUCUUGAAGAUGGAUCAGUGAGUAGCACUUUAGUUUAUCGAAAACAUUGAGGAUAGAUCGUCGUAUACUGACCCUUUUCCGUGCACCCUUGUUGCUACCUUCUUAUUAUAGUCAUUGUCCAUGGUGAGUUGAACCCCACCGUGUAACGAGAAAAAGCAUUAGGUUAAGCGCUAACACAGUUUAUUUUUUUCCUUCGUGUCAUAGGGUCAACGGAUGCGUAGGAUACAACAACUACAAAUUCUUCAUCCAGUUUUUAUGCUAUACCACACUCAGUGGUAUGUGGAUGCUCAUUACCACAGCAAUCGCUUAUGCACAAUAUGGUCGUUCGGUGGGU